CACGACCACCUAGUAACCAGUAACGUAAACUGACCAGAAGGGUCGUAAAUACGAAACCCGAUCCGCGAAGUCGGAUCUUUUGUGGAGCUGCUUCAGCGCUCGCAGACUGAACUCGUCUCGAGAUUGAGAAGACAACCCUUGCGAAAUGUGAAGGAAUAAAGAAAAAGCAAUAGUGCACGCAACAUAUGGAAACGUGGGAAAGCGUCGAUGCGCGAGGCUGGAAGUAAGAGACAGGAAUUCAUAAAUAGACAACGAAGCUUCCUCGAGCAACUGGAAUAAACCCGGAAUUUCAUUUUUAUUUGAUAGAGGGAUUCCUGAUGUGGCAGCUUAAUGCAAACUCGAUGUAAAACCAGAAAGCCCUUCUGUAAAACAUGGUGAGAGGGGUUCUUGAAACCGAUGAGCUUACCAGGCAACACUGCUGCCAGUAUGGAGCACUCUCUAACUAAUGUGAACUUGAUGGGGAUGAUGAUAUUACACAUAGCAAUCAUGGAACAGACACAUUGACAAAGAUUAACUGCACUCACUCUCAGUGCGCUGCUGCCAAUCAGCAUGCUGCGGAUACCGUCACUCAAAUUUGGCCGUGUCUACCGGUGUGGCAAGUUCCUCUUCAUCGUAGCUCUUUUUGUUAUCCUGCUGAUGAACACUCACAACCUUUUCGCCUCUUUCCAGAGGAACGAGCUCACCGACCGGCGAUUCAUCGGCCUCAACAAGUGUCCAGCCUGCUUCGGCACUAGCUGGUGUCGCAAGUUCAUGAACGGCCAGGUGACCUUCGAGAUGUGGGGUCGCCUGCGCUUCCUAGACUUUUUCAAUGUAAAGAACGUUUAUUUUGCUCAAUACGGAGAACCCAGGGAAGGAACACGCAGGGUUGUGCUCAAACGCCUGGGCUCCAACCAAGAGCUCGCAGAGAUCGAUCAGAAGAUCUGCAAACGGGCCACUGGAAGGCCUCGCUGUGAUCUCAUCCAGGGUAUGUACAAAACGGAAUUCGCCCAACUUAACGGGGAUGUACGACUGCUGACCCCAGAGGUGGUGGAGGGCUGGUCGGAUCUGGUGCACUGCCCCUCGCAGAGGCUUCUUGACCGUGUGGUCAGGAGGUACGCGGAGACCAAGGACUCUGGCAGCUUCCUGCUGAAGAACCUUAAGGACACGGAACGAAUGCAGCUGCUGAUGACGUUGGCGUUCAACCCUGAGCCGCUUGUGCUGCAGAGUUUUCCCUCUGAUGAGGGCUGGCCAUUCGCCAAAUACCUGGGGGCCUGUGGCCGGAUGGUGGCGGUGAAUUAUGUGGGCGAGGAGCUCUGGAGCUUCUACAAUGCACCCUGGGAGAAAAGAGUGGAUCUGGCUAAGCAGCUGAUGGACAUCGCCGAGCAGCUGACCAACAACGACUUUGACUUUGCCCUUUACCUCCUGGAUGUGAGUUUUGACAACUUUGCAGUCGGGCCUCGUGAUGGAAAAGUCAUCGUCGUUGAUGCAGAAAACAUCAUAGUGGCGGACAAGAGAUUGAUUAAGCAGAGUAAACCAGAGAACUAUGACGUGUGGUACGAGAGCCGCUACGAGGAAUGCGACAAAGAGGCCUGUCUCUCCUUUUCCAAGGACAUCCUCUGCUCUCGAGUCACCGUGGACCACAACUACUAUGCUAUCUGUCAGAACCUGCUCUCCAGAUUUGCCACCUGGCGUGGCACCACGGGCGGUCUCCUCCAUGACCCCCCUGCCGACUUGGUCAAAGACGGCCACCUCACGGCUCUGCUGGACGAGUGCACCAGGCCUCAGAAGCAGUACGGUCGCUUCCAGGCAGCUAAAGAACUGCGGGAGUACCUGACAGAACUCACACAGCUGAGCAAUGUUAACAGGUAGUGUCAAGAACAGGGGACAUUCUGUGUCCCCCUCCUCCUCAAAAAAGACCUCUUAAGUACUUUUACAAAUGUGCUACCAGAUUCUGGAAUGCAUUCAUUCACCUUCAAGGUAGUCACUAUUUCGUUGCCACUAUCAAUCAUGCCAACAUUGGCUCCAGUCCUGUCCAGGGACUACUUAAAGAAGUUUGCACAUGAACAUGGAUUAGAGGGUCGUGUGAAAAUCAGCAGACUAGAGGCUCAAACUACUAUGAUCACACUGGUGUGUGUGUGUGUGUGUGAUUGAGAGGUGAUUGUAAUAUCUGAUGCUUCAGUGAACCCUUUCUGCCAAUAUAGGUUCUGAUCAAGAUCCUGUAAUACGGUUUCUAAUUAAUUUAUAAAUUGGGUGCUGUAGGGGCACCAUAAGCAGGGGUUAUAACUGAAGUGAUACAGGGAGCUUUGUUUAUAUUUGGGUGAAUUUUAACAAAGACAUGUCCAGGUCAUAUUUUAACCCAAAUAAAUAAAUAAAUAAAGAUAAUAGCAAUAUAAUUAAAUAUACAUUUUAAAAUAUAAAUUUAAAUCAGUAUACAUUUUCUUUAAGAAAAAUGAGAUUUUUGGGUGAAAUAUUACUUGGACAUGUUCUUGACAGGCUUUGAGAUUCAUCCAUUUGUGUUUUAUUUUAGUCUCUAUAUUCGAUUAACCAUCUUGUUUCUUUGCUACGGGAAGUCAAGUCUUAACUGAAUUUGAAAGUGUGAAUGGUCAAAUUAUGCCUGUGAUGGAAGUGAAAUUUGAUCAAGUCUUAUCUGUUGCAAUGAGCCUUUUUAGUGAGACAUUGAUGCUUCUUGUAAAAGUGGCAUUCAGUGCCAGUGAUGGUAGUUGGAUGACUUGAUUUAAUCAACAAACCUGAAACGAAAACACAAAAAGGAGAACAAAAUGGAUUUGAAACAACUAAGUAUGCAAAAAUAAAAAUACCAAAG